AUGGCUCCGCCUUUGAACUUGCUAAUCCGCGCCCUCGUGGCCUUCGAGGAUGUGAUUAUCCGCCAAAUCCUUCGAAGUCCUGGCUUCCACCGCGGCGUCGGUCGAAUCCACCGAUACGUCGACGAGAAGCGGAAUGGGCCUAUGCCGCAUGAGCCGCUGCGCCAAGGACAGGCGACUGCGAAUCCUGAAGACCGAGGCUUCUUGCAAUAUUUUAUCGAGGAGCUGAAAAAUCAGUUCCGGGGAACGACGAAUCCGCCCCCGCCAGGGCCGCCGAAGCGAUGA